AAAACAAAUCCAAAACGCUGCGUUUAAUAACUUCCUCAUAAGUCAUAAGCACUCUUUUCUUCUUGAAGCGAGACACAAGUUCCCAUCAGUUAGAUACAUCAAAGAAUCGCUUUCUUUCUCUCGUCACGCUCCCUCUCCCUCUCAAGGUUUCUCGAAAGAAGAGCUUCAUCUAUCUUAUUCAUACGUCUCUACUUCGUCUUCAUCUUCUUGUAGAAUUCUUAGCGUCCUGUUUGAAGUACCCAACGGAACGCAUUGGUGCAAGAAGAUGGACCGAAUGAGUGGUCUAGCAGAUGAAACGCUGAACGUGAUCAUGGGCUUUAAUGGUGCAAAGGAAGAUGCACGUGUGUUGACUCUUGCAAAAAGAUUCAGGAACCUACAUACCAUUGUAGGAUCACUCAACUUCGACGACAUAAAUGACUUUCAUGGUACGUUCUCCGAGUUUGUAAGUGAGAGAUUGGGUUUGCUGGAAGAUAAUCAAUUUGUAAGGAGGUUCUCGUUGAAGGCAAGAGCUAUUCUUGAUCCAGCUGACAUCGCACAGUGGUUACGUGAUGUGUUGAAGCGUGGGGUGGUGGAUGUUAGUUUACACAUUCAUGGUAAUAAUGGUGCUCCACUUCCCUUGGAGUUGUUCAAUAGCAGUAGUGUUGGUAUGCUUAGACUAGGGCGUCACUUGGUGAUCAGUGAAGUCCCCGCAACUGCUGCUCUACCCGCCCUUGAAACUCUUGUUCUCGACUCUGUCCGCUUCCAUGCCUUUGGUGAUUGUGCGUUUCAGGCGUUUCUGUCAGCUUGCCCUACGCUUAAAGAUCUAACAAUAAAUGGUUGGUUUUGGGAAACGUGGAGAUGGGGAGGGAUGUUGUCUAAUAAUUCUCUUCAACGACUUACUAUUACUCGUAGAAUGCAAGGUGGGUUUGAUGGCCUUGAUUAUCAGGAGAUUAGUUUCCAAACUCCAAGUCUCAGAUACCUAGACUACACCAACUUUGUUCCUGAUGCCUAUACAGUGGUCAACUUGGAGUCACUUGAAGAAGCUAAACUAUAUCUUCAGGUGGUGGAAGAUAGGGAAUGGUUUGGAGAACUUUUAGAGGAUCCUGACCGUUUAUCAAGUAAUCCCACAAACCUCAUUGAGGGGAUAAAGAAUGUAAAGUCCCUAACAUUGUCAUCUUCGUCUACUUUUCAGACGCUUUACUUCUUCCGUGAAUCAAUUCCCUUGUUUGAAAACCUGCAUCACUUAACUAUGAGACAUAGUGACAUGCGAGUUUGCUGGCGAUUUCUUCCCUUUUUGCUUAGCAAGACUCCAAAUCUCAAGACCCUUCACAUCGAGGGAGGUUUGCAUUACGCUCAAAAAUCUGAGUCACUUGAUUAUGUUUGCGAGUGUGUUUCCGAGUAUUCUUGUCUAUCGUCGUGUGCUGUGGAGUUCAUGGAUAUAAACAUGUGGGACGAUGGUGCUGAAGGAGAAAUGGAGCAAAUAAAGCACUUCUUAGGCAAAUUAGCACAUCUUGAACUGCUCAAAGUUCACUCAUUGGGAGGCAUAAGUGACGAGGAGAAGUUAAGAAUCACCAAUCACCUGCUCAUGCUUCCAAGAGCAUCUCCCAAGUGCAAGGUGGAGAUCUCUUUUCGUUGAUACUACCAACUCAAACAU